AUGAGCCGUUCCAAGCCUUCUCCGAACCUUUUUCUUCACAUCAUUCUGGUGGUCAACAGUGUCACCUUCCUGGUUGGAGUUCUUGGGAACGGUCUGGUCAUCUGGAUCACUGGUUUCAAGAUGAAGAAGACGGUCAACACCACCUGGUACCUCAGCCUGGCCGUGUCCGACUUCAUAUUCUGUGCCACCUUUCCACCCUUUAUAUAUCAUCAUCAUUGGGUGGCCACCUUUGGGUUUUUCAUGACUAACUUCACCUUUGCUCUGAUAUUCAUCAGCUUGUUCAGCAGCAUCUUCCUCCUGGUCAUCGUCUGUGUUGAUCACUGUGUGUCGGUGGUGUUUCCAGUCUGGGCUCAAAACAACCGUACCAUCGACAAGGCCUCUGUUGUGGUGAUCCUGGUCUGGGUUUCCUCUGUUGCCCUCAGCACUCAUUAUAUGUUUGCGGGUGAAAUAGACAUUCCCAAGAUAUUACUGAGUCAGCUCAUUGGUGGCUUUGCAGUGCCCUUCCUCAUCAUCAUCUUCUGUUACUCUGUUAUCAUCCUGCGACUGAGAACAAGACGAAUGAUGAGUGUGUCCUCCAAGUCCCUCAAAGUAAUGACUGACAUGAUCGCCUUGUUCUUCAUCUGCUGGCUGCCCUUCUAUACCUUCUUACUGUUUCCCUUGGGCAACAUAUAUUCCAGCCCAAUGUUCAAAGGAAUUAUAAUUAUGGUGGGAGUUACAUUAGCCACAGUCCAUAGUAUCCUGAGACCAGUCCUGUAUGUUUGCAUGGGGAAUAACGUCCCACCGACACUCAAGAGGUCCAUAGUUGGUAGGAUUGAGAAUGUCCUUGGAGAGGAAGACCCCCCCACCACCAGCCAUGAAACAUCCACACAUCUCUAAAACUCUCUGAGGAUGACAAGGCCUCAGGGGCUGUGGAACAGUGCUGUUAAGC